CAAUUUAGUUUGGUAAUACGAAGCUUGUGUUUAAAACUCAAAAUUGGAAUCAGUCAGUAAAACGGUCUGCAUAGCAUUGUUCGGUACUAAAAACAUUUUUGAAUUCAUGAAGAGCGGAACAUCGAUAAACAACGUAGAUUAAUUUCAAUAAAGCAAAUAGCUUACAUAAUCAUAUUUUUAAUAACGAGGUGCUUCCUUACUGGUACUGCUAUCAGAAUGGGAAAUUUUCCACUGCUUUUGUUUAUAUGGUGUCUUUUAAUCUGUUCAGUAUUUAAAGUGACAAAUGGUCAAUUCUAUGCUCAACAACCAAAUAAUUUUGUAGGAAGCACUGUCCCCAGAGGGUCAGUUGCGCGUGCAUCAAACACUGUUCGUGAACGUGAAUACAAUUAUGGGCCUUUAGAGUUUUCUCAGGGUAUUUCCAAUUCACGUACAAUAACAAAAAACAAUGGCGGUAUACGAAAUGGAGGAACGACGAGUGUAGCAAGAAGUAACGCGAUUUCGCGUGAAUUAAACAUAGGUGGUAUUGAUGUUGGAGGUACAUUAACUCGUUCUCAAACAAAAACUAACGGCGCCGUAUCGAAUGCAUUGGGAUAUGAUUUUAAUAUUGGUAAUUUAGGUAUUGGUUCUUCAAUAUCACGUGACAAUUUAAAAAAUGGAUUUGGUCUCCAUCGAAAUUCUGAUGGAACUGUUGGAUUGGGCUUAGGUUUACUUGACGUAGAUCUAACGCGAAAUGCACAGCAAAAAAAUCAACCGCUUUCACAAGCUCAAGUAAAUGUACAAGGUAGAAAUGCGAAAACAAGAGCUAACAGUAAUACUCAGUCAAAUACUCAACAAUACGGAAAUAUUGGUGUUACAGAUACAAUUUCUCGUUCGAAUGCCUUUGGUAGUACUAGAUUUGGACAAACUUCUGCAAAUUUAGGUAAUCCUGGAGGAUCACCUAUUUAUACAGGUGCACCAAAUUUCUAUCGCCCACGACGUAAUCUAAUUACAUACAAACGAAUCCAACCAAAUUCAGUUUCAGUAAAACGCCCAAAACGACAUGUUUUAGACAUAAAUAUUGAAUCAAAAGAGCAUAUUCAAAGAAAUCGUAGACAAUUUCAAUACCCGAAUCAAAGGCAGAAUUUUUUUAAUCCAUAUGGACAAUCUAGUUUCUUAUAUCCACAAAAUCAGAAUAUUAACUCACAGGGUAUUGCAAAUAAUAGGGGAAAUCUAUUUCAACAACAAGCUGGUGCAAAUACUCAUACAAACAAAAAAGUUACCCCAAACGGAGUUUUUCAAGAUAAUGGCGCAUCAAGUAUUGGUUCAAAUAUUGCAAAUGAUGGACUAAGUGGACAAGUCAGUUCAGCAAAUACUGCUCAAAUGAAUAGUCAAUCUCUGGAUUCACUAAUGAUGAGUAAUAACGCUCAAAGUCAAUCACUUAAUUUUGAUCCUAAUCAACAGCAAGCAACAUCAUCAAACGCUGGUACUACACAUUCUAAAACUAAGGAUUCUGAACGUAUUGAAUCAAACAGUGGAUCUCAAGUUACUAAUAACAACCAAUAUGGGUCCUUAACUAAUAUUGCCAAUACUAAUACUGCUGCCUAUGAAGAAGGAAAUAUUCGUGGUGUCCAAUCUGAUGCAAGUAGUCAAUCAAUAUUUCAAGGCGCAAAUGGUGAAAAUUCAGAUGCUUUUACAAACUCGAACACUAAUUCAGUUCAGGGACCAGAUGGUUUUGUAAGCAACUCUGCUGUAAGUAAUGCUUCCGCAUCAAGCCAAGGAGGAAAUAGUGCAAAUGCAUCCGCCUCCGCCUCUGCAUCAUCUGUUUCUAACGCAAAUGGAGCUUCGUCGUCUACAAAUUCUGUUGCAAAUGCCAAUGGAUUUAAUGCAGGAGGAAAUAGUUUCGCUAAUAGCGGUGCUAAUAGCGGAUUUGGUUAUCAAGGAUUUCGAAGAGGUUAGAAUAGUUAUUAUCUGAUUCAUUCUCUAUAAUAUGUGUAUAAAAUUCAAUAAAUGUUUUUUCAACUAUG